AUGAUCGUCAAAGCGGAGAGCACACCACCAUCGUCGUCACUUGCGAAGAGGAUCGAUACUUCAUCAGAGAUCGCUUCCGCUGAAGCUGAGCGCGAAGAGGAGAUGAACGACGACGAACAAGAAGAGAGGUCGGAUCAGGAAGAAGACGCUCCAGGCGCAGUGGAGGAAGAGGGUCUCAGAGUUACCACAGCCCCCGCUGCCGCUGCCGCUCCAGCUCAAGCAUCGCCCAUCGCCAUCGCCAUCGCCAUCGCCAUCGCCAUCCCGAUCCCGGCCUUGGCUCCAGCACCUCCAGCCCAACCUCCACCCGUCGGACCAGCCCCGUCAAGUAUCGUCCCCACCGCCUUCAUAAGCACCAAUCCCCACUGGCGCCCUCCCCCACGCGUCGACUGUGCAUUGUGCAAAGGCGGUGCGGCGCCUACUCCGGUCGACUCGUGGGAUUUUCUCAGGACGAGGUGGCACAAGGUGCGUUCACAGAUCAUCCUCUUCUCGAUCAACGUCCCUUUCCCGAGACUCAUCGUUCUUUUGGCGGGGGUUUUUUUUUUUUUUCAGACGUGUUCGAAACAUCACAAACCGAGCAAAGCGGAAUACACACCUUUCCAAGAUCUUUUGGAUCGGUUGGAAAGCCAAGUCGAGCACAAGACGGAUUCGAUCGACCUCGAAGCGGCCUUCUUGGUUCCUGAAUUGGUGCGUCCCACAGCGUUCAAGCAAGCCUCCGACCUCACUCCGAUCUCAUGCUGAACAAGUCGAGCGCGCCGCACAGCGCUCGAUCCAAAACGUUCACCUCAUACCCGAUCUGCGCAACCUGCUCAAACCCCUCUCCACAACGUUCAUCUCGGACCUCUCCCUCUCCUCUCGCUGGCACUUUGUCUACAAAGACGCCAUCCCGACCAGUCACGGUCUCAAAUUUCGUUACACGUGUUCCCAAACCUCUCGCAACGAUCGACCACGCGACGGGAAGAAAGCUCGCAAGACGCUUCACAAACGUGAGGGAGGUCGCGUCGAAAAAUUCGCUUGUGGUGGAAUGGUCAGUUUGGUGUUUGAUAUGACGAACCGGGACGUCGUCGUUCGUCUCGUGCAUAAGGUUUGGCACGUCGUUUAUGAGAAGAUGAGGGUCGUCGAACUUGAUGUUUUAGGGUGGGUGAGGGAGUUGAUGGGGGAGAAUGAUACGGAUGAAUCGAUGUUGGAGAAAAUCGAAAAGAGGGCUAGGGAAGAGGGUAUGGAGGGCGGCGUCAAGAGUACAAAGUAUCAGAUUAGGAGGUAUAUGGGUAUGGUGGUGGAGGAGAGAAGGAAAGAGCGCAAAGGGAAGCGCAAAGGUGAGUGCAGUGUCCCUUGGUUGGAGAGAAAGGGCUGAGACGCUGAUGCUAAAAGUUCUGAUCUCUCUCGCAGCAAAAGCAACACCUCCCGCAUCCGAAGACGAGGACGAUGAUGAACCAGGGCCAGGACCAUCCAACCGAAAACGUGGCAAACGUUCCCCUCCCCCCGUCGAUCCAGUCCUACUCGCUCUAUCGGCCUCUCAAACGCCCGAGCCAGUCGCGACUCCACCUCGACCGCAACAAAAAGUGAGGACGCGUCGAAAGACCCAGCCUGCACAUGCUUCGAAUUCAACAUCGAGGGAUGCUCAACCUUCGACUUCCAACCUCGACGUGAACGUCGAAGAAGACAUCCCAACCCUCCCCGUACCACCACUCGAUCCAACACUACUGGACGUUGAAGUCCCUUCCAACGAAGCGACUUCACCCCCCACGAAUACUACCGCGGAUGCCUCCGUCAACGCGGCGAUGUCCAUCAUACUGGGGACGAAUCAUCAACCCCAAGCCACCAUCGAGGAUAUUCAAGUCGUCCCCCAGACCCCACAGCCUCUUUCGAAUGGCCAGCCUACCCCCUCAACGCACCCUCUAAACGACCCCACCGACCUCCCAGUCGCCACCCCUUCCACUUCCACGACCGCCUCCACCAAAUUAACGCGUCAAGGGUUCCAAGCCGAUUGGUCGAACCAACAAGGGGCCUUGAGGGCCUUGAGUGCUGAAGAUCAGGACAUGAUGAAUUGGUUGCAUCAGGCGAAUGUGGAUGCGACGUUGAAGGCCGCGGCGAGGGAGGUUAGGGAGACGAGUGGAGAGUGA